AUGUCUUUUCAAAAUGAAUCACCUAAUACUUAUGAUUAUAUGCAUAUUAUCGUAUUGAUAUUCCUUUGUUAUCUUGUUCGUUUUUACUAUAAUUAUUUCACUCGUCCAAAUCCGCUUCCUGGUCCUCUACCUUUACCAUUUGGGCUAGAGAAUCUCUUUUAUGUCUUUUAUUAUGGAGACAUAAAACGCCUUGCUGCAGCAUUAUAUGAAAAGUAUGGAGAUAUCUGUGAAUUCAAACUGGGCGGUUACCGAAGAAUAAUGCUCUCUAAAACAGAUUAUUUUGAGAACUUAUUAACCCCUUCAAAGAAUUUAGCAUUAUUUACAAAACAUGAAUAUUCAUCUGCUAUGGAUAUGUUUGGAAGCUUUGGACGAGGAUUGUUUCUGAAUAACAAUUAUGAAACUUGGAAGAUUAAUAAAUACUUUUUUUUGCAAUCAGUUUCAACACCUGGCUUUAAUGAUGAUGCUAUAAAACGGAAUAUUGAUUUAUUUGAAGAAUUGGAUGGAUACUGGAAUUCGCUUGCAAAAUCUCAAUCUUCUAAUGAUGAUUGGCUUGAAAUGGACUUUUUACUAUGGAUAAAUAGGUUUAUGAGUGAUAAUAUUUCAAUCAUAGUAAUCGGUGAGAAAGGUUGUUCGAUGGCAUCAUAUUAUAAUACAUUCAACUCCGAUAAAUCUAAAUUUAAAAGUUCUCUUCUUAAUGACCCUAAAUCAUUUGAUUCUGAUAAAUUCACUCAAGCGAUUAUGUCAUAUAUGAGAGAUGCAAUAUUCUUUCAUGUUGUUCCUCAAUUCUUGAGACGCUAUGUGCCAUUUUUUAAAAAGAAGGCAGAUAUUCUUCUUGAAAAUAGGAAUUUUAUAUUAAAAACAAUGGAAAAUGUGGUUGAAAAGAGAAAAAAUGACCUUGUAAAUACUCCUCAGAAAUUCAAGUCGAUGCAUGAUUUGUUAACUAUUCUUAUUACUGCAAAUCAUGAUGCAAAAAAUAAGAAGGCAGAGUCUAUAACUGAUGAAGAUAUUAGAACGCUUUUACUUGACGUUUUUUUUGCUGGAUCCGAUACAUCUUCAAACACAUUGUGUUACAUAAUUUACUUCAUUUGUCAUAAUCCACACGUAAAACAAAAAAUGUUUGAUGAAAUCGAUUCAGUUUUUCCUAAUAAUUUUUCUGGAAACAUAUGUAUAACCGCCGAUCUUCUUGCAAACUUCAAGUAUUGCGAAGCAAUAAUUAAAGAAGCUUCUCGUAUGAUGCCUGUGUUGCCUGUGUCCAAAAGGAUCGCAACUGAAGAAUGUGAAGUUGCUGGAUAUACAUGGCCAGCAAAAACUAUGUUUCAACUAAAUUAUGCUAGCAUCCAUAUGAAUGAGAAGUAUUGGGCCAAUCCCACAGUUUUUGAUCCAAACAGAUUUUAUUUAAAAAAUGAUUCGAAUGAAUUUGAUGAUUUAAACAAUUUUGAUAAAGAAAAUAAAAAGCCCACUCAUGACGCAAAUAAAUAUUCAUUAGUUAUUUUUGGUGGUGGUAUAAGGAUAUGCCCUGGAAGAAAAUUGGCAAUGAUUAAUAUGCUAUCCUUUAUG